ACUCUGCCAACGGCCAAUUCUGGCCUCCAUAAUACCCGGGAAAUCGAGAGUCACACGCCAAUGCUUGGAGUCCUGGCCCCUAUUUCCUUUUCCCCUUAGCGACCAUGGGACAUUGUGUGCAGUCAUAUAUGAGGUAUCCGUGAGCCACCAGCUAAACAGCCGAUGUGCAAAUAAGCGGUCGAUUGUAACUUCAGAAUGUCGGGAUUCCAGCCUGCUCCCGUGUCGGGAGGGAGCCCCCGUCCCAGCAGUGAUAAGGGUGUGCUGUCAUCGCUCCGAGCUACCUCUAUGGUGCAGACGAAGCACUCGUUGCCAGCCGAAAUCAUCCAAUUGAUCCUCCCCUACCUCCCGAUCCCCACCCUCAUCAAUGUCGCCCGCACCUCCCGCCGAAUGCGCGAAAUGGUCUACGAUGACGCCCUCUGGAUCCGCCGGCUGAGCGCCAUGGGCCGCUGGGACGAAGGGGAAGCACGGCGGCGAUUCGAGGCGGAUAUGCGCCGGAAACUCCAAGCCCAGCGAGCCAGCCUAGGCAUCCCGCCGCUAUCAACACCUGCAGGACGAGGCGCUGGCGUAGGCAGAGGGGGGCCGCAACCCGCAGCGAGCGGCACAGUAGAAACACCACCAUCCCAAGCCCGUGACGAAAAUCCAGCGGCCGAGACGAUCUUCGAUGCUGCUGCAGAAGCGCAACAGAAGCAACCUCCCACCCAACGCCAGUCCGCCACCCACCCAUCCCGCUCCAGCAAGUCCUCCGACGGCUUCGAACCCGCCAUCCCCGCCCCCAACGGCCACGCCAACCCCUCUUCCACCACCCAACCCCCCAACACCCUCGACGCAUCCCUCACCAUAAUCCGCAGCCUCCGCUCCCUCCGCGGCGGCGCCCGCCACGAAUAUGGUCGCGCCUACAAGGCCCUCGCCCCCUUCUAUCGCGACAUCGUCAGCUCCGCCUCGCACGGGGAUCCGUCGUCGUUUCAUGUGUUCCAAACCUUCCGCGACCCGGAGCAGCAGGCGCGCAUGCUCGCGCAGCUGCGCGUGUUCGCGCGGAGUGACAGCGCCAUGGGGUGGGAGGUGCGCGAGGGGCGGCUGGAUAGUAUGAUGGGAGUGUUUGAGAGCGCAGUGUUGCGGGAGUUUGGGAACGGGGUGGAUGUCGGGGAUACAGAGGGGCGGGUAAGGCGAUAUGCACGGGUGUUGGUGGUGUUGAAUGGAGGGGCGUCGGGGGUGGAUCUGUGGUUGGCGCGGAAUCCAGUGAUUGCGGGGAAGCGGGGGUUCGGGGAGCCGGGGGAAUGUUUGAUGAGCUUGUCGACGACGCAUGUGGUGAUGGCGCCGGCGCAGGAGUUUUUUCGGCGGCUGGUGCUGGGGGUGAACGAGCAGAGUAAGACGAUCGAGCGGGUGUUUCCGGCAAACGUGGAGGUGUUCGUGCCCUUUUUGGAGCGGGUGUGUGAGGAUGUGGUGGGCGAGUAUGUCACAACGUUGUUCGAUCAGGCACACGAGAGGAGUUUGGAGGCGUAUUUGAGUGCCGUAUCAGCGACGUUUGAUUUGGUGAUGCAGUUUGCGAACGCGAUACGACCUCCGAACGUACCGAUACAGGAUCGAGACGAACGCAUGGCGAAGGCGAUGGCCGAAGUGUUUGAGCCGCAUAUCGACCUGUAUCUGCAGGAGGAGCUAGGGUUCUUCCGGAAGAAGGCUGAUGCGGAGGUCGAUGCGUGGGAGAAGCGUCUGAAGGACGAAGAGGCCUCGACGGAGUCCUUUUACAUGUCUCAUUUCAGCAGACAAGCCGAGAAGCGAGAUUUUCUCACCUCGUUCCGGAAAGUCGUCAUGAUGCCAGUCCAAGUGGUCGGAUCUAUCACCGCGCCUAUGACAGCGCCAUUCUCCAACCGACCCGCCUCUAUUUCGGCAGCAGCUCCGAGUGGCGAUAUGCUGCAUCCCUCCAGAGCAUCCAGUCCCGCCCCUACCGACCGAUCCAACAGCCCUCGAAACCCAAAGGCCCCGACCGACGAACUCGCCGCUAAAGCUGCCCUCCUCAACACCCGCCUCGAAGGCAUCAAAAGCCUCUUCUCCAUCGAAAUGGCCCUCAACCUCGUCCACACCGCCAAAACCUCCCUCGAGCGCACCGCCCGCUUCGCCCAACGACCUCCUCCCCCCUCCAAAUCCGCCCCCGCCCGCAUCUUCCACCCCAUCCUCGCUGCUCGCGCCCAAGAAGCCCGCGAACAAUGCGAAAUCAUCUUCGUCACGCUUCUCCAAAUCCUCGGCUCCCGACACAUCCAAUCGGGGUUCACGACCGCGAUUACGCACCUCAGCGCCUACAACCCUCGCGCUGCCGCCUCCCACGCCGGGACGGACGGCGCGCCCACCCAGCCGCGGGUGGAGCCGCUCGUCACCUUCCUCGAGCUGGUCAACGUUGGCGACCUGAUCCAGCAGAUGAUCGACGUGUUCUACGUGCAGGAGCUGGUGGGGCCGAAGCUGGUGGAGCGGGAUGACUUCCUGUCGGCGGCGGCGAAGGAGAAGAAACGGUUCGAGCAGAUGCUGGAUGGGCAAGUGGCGAGCGGGCUGAAUCAGGGGAUCGACGUGUUGAUGGAGGAGGUGGAGUAUAUGAUGGCGACGAUGCAGCAGGUGGAGGAGUUUUGUCCGGCGGCCGGGGUGGUGGAGGUGGGGAGGAGUGAGACAGCGGGGAGGGUGGUAGAGGUGGUGCGGGAGCAUUUGGAGAUGUUGGUGGGGAGCACGGAUCGGAAUGUGUUGGAAGUGUUUAAUCAGGAGGUGGGGGUGAGGUUGUUUGGGGCGCUGUGUAAGCAUAUCAAGCGGCAGCGGGUGAGUGUGGAUGGAGCGGUGAGGUUGAUCAGCGACAUGAACCACUACUACUCCUACAUUGUCACGCUCAAGAACAAACUCCUCACCGAAUACUUCAUCGCACUACGGGAAGUGGCGCAGAUCUUCUUGAUCUCCGGAAAACACGCCAAGGAGAUUGCCACCAUCAUCGCGGACCCCGACCGAUACCAGGGCAUUUUCCGACCGGAAGACGUGUAUGAGUUCGCUGAAAGGAGGGCAGAUUGGCUGAUGAUCAAGCCUAAUGUUGAAAGAGCUAUGUAUGGUGCGGGUUGUGUGGUUAUGUAGGGGAGGGGAGGGGAGGGAUGGGGGGUAUAUUGAGAGGAUUCUUUGGCGGGUGUUUGGAAAGACAAACUUGGAGAUUAUUUGCAUAGCGAUUUGGUGAAAGACAGGUACGGUUAAGGGCAUUGGGUAAAUGGGGACUGAUUGAUCAUUGUGACUUGCACUCUUGCACUCCUUUGCUUCUCCAUUGCUGCUCCAUCGCGCUGUUUCUCCUUCCAUGAUUACCGAAUUGGGAUGUGGCUGUAGAAAUGGAACAGAAAUCCCUGUCUGUGUCGUGCUGCAGGCAUCAAGGCCAUUAGGCAUCAAACAGCAGCACCGAACAGAAACGGAAGUCACGACUCACAAGCCACCUGCAUCGUGCAUCGAAGAAGUCACAUGUCACACGUCACAU